GCUAUAGUGGGGCGCGUACCCGAGGGAACGUUGGAAGUUUAUUUAACAAAGUCCCGUCCAACCUUAAAAGCCGGCGUUGGACAAAGCAAUACACCGCCUGGCUCUUAUAAAACAUUCUAAAUGUCUCAUAUUUUAUAAAUCUCAUAUUGUGGUGUGUCUCAUAUAACCUCUCUGUCUUGCAGCGAUCAAAUACCGAGUACUUAAUGUGAUACGCCGUCGAGAACGAAAGAGCCAUGACGGAUGUGAUCAAGGUCGAGUACGCCGGCCGCAUCGCUACCAUCACCAUCGACAACGACAAGAAGCUCAAUGCUCUAGGCUUCGACGGCUACUACGCCAUAGCCAAGGCUCUCCUCGAAAUCGCCAAGCGCGAUGACAUCUACAUCACCGUCCUGACCGGGAAGGGCCGGUACUUCUCCGCCGGCGCCGACGUCUCGCUAGGCGACAAGAAGUCCGGCGCGGCGGACCCGGACGCGUACCGGCAGUGGCUGCGGGACUUCGUGUCGAACAACCUGAACCUGACGCGGGCUUUGUACACGCACCCGAAGAUCCUGGUCGCCGCGCUCAACGGCCCCGCCGUCGGGCUCUCCGCCGCCAUCACCGCCUUCGCCGACUUCGUCUACUGCGCGCCGCACACCUUCCUGCUGAUGCCCUUCUCCUCGCUGGGCUUGGUCGCCGAGGGGGGAGCCUCCCACGCCAUGGUCCAGCGCCUGGGAAUCAGCAAGGCCAACGAGGCCCUGAUCCAGAGCAAGCGCGUCACGUGCGAGGACCUCGUGAAGACCGGCUUUGCGAACAAGGUUUUCCAGUGUGAGAAGGGCGACAGCGAUGGCUUCCUGAGGCAGGUUAUGAAGGAGAUUGACGACAGUAUGGGCGAUCAUCUGAACAGCGAUAGCUUGCUCGGCAUCAAGGCGCUGAUCCAGAAGCCGAAUAUCGAGAUCCUGGAGAAGCAGAACGUGGCUGAGGUGUUCGCGGGCUUAGACCGGUUUGUCAAGGGCGUUCCGUUAGGGGAAUUUGAGAAGAUCGCGACGGGCAAGAAGAGGCAUAAGUUAUGAGAUGAAGCAUGUAUGGUUUGGGUGGCAUAUGUUUUUCAUUAUUCGGCGUCAGUUAUCAUAAUAUACGAUUCA